GAGUAGUACAAAAUGAUGGCGGAUUUCUUAUGUCAUGUGGCUACUCUUCUCCUGUUUAUCUCGUUACCCAACUCUGUACUGUCACAUGGUUCGAAGAAUUCUAAACCUCCUCACAUUCUGUUCAUCCUCGCGGAUGAUCUUGGCUGGAGCGAUGUCGGCUUCCAUGGCUCGGUCAUAAAAACUCCAAACAUCGACAAGCUGGCCAGUGAAGGAGUGAUCUUGGAUAAUUACUACGUACUACCACUGUGUACACCAACAAGAUCAGCUCUGAUGACUGGAAGGUACCCCAUACACACAGGUUAUGCCACUCACUUGGUAGGCAAGUGGCAUCUUGGUUCAUACAAGUGGCCUUAUGUUCCAACAAAAAGAGGGUUUGACUCGUUUUUUGGAUUCUGGAGUGGAGCAGAGGAUCAUUAUAAUCACUCAGUUGAAGGAUUUUUAGACUUCCGUGACGGAGAAGAGCCUGCAAGACACUGGAAUGGUACUUACGCCAUGUAUGCAUACACGAAGAGGAUGGAGGAAAUUGUAAAGUCACAUGAUCCAGAGCAGCCCCUGUUCAUGUACAUGGCCUUUCAAAACGUUCAUUCUCCAGUCCAAGCGCCUCAGCAGUAUGUUGAUAAAUAUAGAUUUAUCAAAGACGAUCUUAGGAGACAUUACGCUGGUAUGGUAGACAUCUUGGAUGAGGCAGUGGGAAACAUUACCAAGGUUUUCACCUCAGCAGGGUUGUGGAAUGACACACUUGUUAUCUUUAGUACGGACAACGGGGGUUUACCUACUAAUGGAGGGUUUAACUGGCCACUUCGUGGAACAAAACACACUAUUUGGGAGGGAGGGGCUAAAGGGGUCGGAUUUGUCUAUGGUAACUUACUGAAACGAAGAGGUGUGAGGAGCGCGGAGGUGUUGCACGUGACAGAUUGGUACCCAACUCUCAUCAACCUGGCAGGAGGAAGCUUCGAUCCUAAACAUCCCAAACCUGUUGACGGUUUUGAUGUUUGGGAGACAAUCUCGUCUGGUAAACCCUCGCCAAGAAAUGAAGUUCUCAUAAACAUCGAUACCACCCAAGGGUCCGCAUUGCGUGUGGGGCAGAUGAAGAUACUGUUAAACGUUCCCAAUGUCACGUGGUUUAAGCCACCCGAACUGGAAGAGAGGCUCAAUGAUCGAGAGACUGGGUUACAGUUAAUUGAGGACGAUCACAAUAGAGAAAUUUUGUUGUUGGAUCAUGUCGCCAAACAAGACAGGAUUGAAGUCGCUCUUUACAAUUUAACCGCUGACCCUGAUGAGCGCAACGACUUGAGCAGCAAGUACCUGGAUGUAGUUCAGAAACUAAGAGAAAGAAUGGCGUAUUAUGUAAGGAGCGCAGUCAAACCACUCAACAAGCCACAUGAUCCAGAGGCGAGAGAGGCUGCUGAAAAAAACGAUUGUUGGGGUCCCUGGUAAAGGACGGAUCAUCCGGCGGCGCGCGGCAAAUGAUACCACUCUUGUUUAGACCGCAAUAAUCUUUGUCAUGUAACAACUCGGUUUAUUAAGAAAAUAAGUAAAAUUGAAAUUCUCAAUUUCUUCCACGUGUGAAAUGUGUGACAAUUUAAUUAUUUCACAAAGCAGCUGUUUGUGAUUCACUUGCUAAUUCAAUUGUUGAUUUCCGUGCAGUGGCAAAUCUUGACACUGAUUGGGAAUCUUGACUGCAAGUUCUUGGGCUGUCGACCACGAUGAGAAAGACCAAAGCACUUAACAAAAGUUCCAUUGUUCUCAUGGCUGUCUGUAUGGCGAACCAAGGCCAGCUUUUAGCGUAGUUCUUUGCGGUGAAAACUCCAAACUCUCCAAUGCUUACAUAUAAAGAUACGGAAAAGUUACAGACACCAAAAAUUGACGCCACACUCAUAAAAACAAACAGUCGCUUUAGUUUUUUCAUAUCCCGAAUUGAAUAUUGAUUAUUUGAGCUACAAGAUUGCAGAGUCGACCCGAGAUUGCGCCACAUCCUGACGCCUGCGACAAAAUAGCCAACAAAAAUGGCUAACCCCCAAGUGGCCAGAGUAGUGUGACAUACAAAAAUCAUGACUUUAGCUUUUGGAUAAAACCACACAACGAGAUCAGACAAAAUCAGGUAAACAAUGUUCGCAACAGUAAUCGAAACUAAGAGAGGUAAGUUUCGAAGUUUCGGUGGUCCCAGCUUAGUUUUAGUGGUUUCCAAGAAGAUUAAAAGCAUUAUGCUGAAAGCCGAGGUCAUACACGCUGUGGCGAUUCCCCAAGAAGUCAAAAGAACUAAGUUCUGAAUCACUGAUGUAGAUUCGCCCGAAGCGUAAGGGUCCCAGAAGAGCGCGAGGCAUCGCCCGA